ACAACUCUCUCUCUCUCUCUCUCUUCUCUCUCUCACCAUGGAAGAUCGCCAAAACCAAACAACAACAACCCCAUCAUCAUUACUCCGUAAACUCCAAAUCCACGCCCCAAACUCAACCCAGCUCCUGGGCAUCCUCACCCUCAUAGUUUCCGGCUCAAUUUUCCUCUUCCUAACCGGAGCAACAGUCACAGUCACAAUCCUCGCUCUCAUUCUAUUCUCACCCUUGAUCAUCUUAACCAUUCCCAUAUGGGUUCCCAUUGGCUGCUUUCUCAUAGCUAUCACCGCCGCCUUCUUGUCGUUUUGCGGGUUCGGUGUGGCGGCGGUUGCCGUGGCUGCAUGGGUUUAUAAGUACUUCCGGGGACUCCACCCGCCCGGUUCGGACCGGGUGGAUUAUGCGCGUAGCAGGAUUUAUGAUACUGCUAGCCAUGUGAAGGAUUAUGCUAGAGAGUAUGGUGGUUAUUUACAGAGUAAAGCUAAGGAUGCUGCUCCUGGUGCUUAGAUAUAUAUAUAGAUCGCCAUUAUUGUUGAAUGUUGAAAUGGUUUUUAAGAGAAUAUAUACGGUUGAGUAAUUAUAUAUAAAUGUUAAUGUAUAUGUAUCUCUUUUUGGGUUUUUUUUUU